AUGGGAGAAGGACGAGGAAGAGUAGCGUUUGGAGAGGAAAUUGUUAGUGGCGGUGCGAAUAUCCGAGAAGUCAUAAAUCUGGGUGCUUUCCGACAGCGUUUCAUGGAGGCUGGAUUAGGAGGUGCUGCUCGAGACGGAGGUGUCAAGGCUGUGGACAGUGACGAAGGGUGGGUGACGGUAGCUGAAGAAGAUCCAGUUCCAUUUUUUAUUGUUUUUUGCUUUGAUUUUCGUCGAGAAGAGGGGGCUUUUUCAAGUAAUUCCAGGCAGUUUCAUAAAAUUUAUGAACAAAUGGGAAGUAAGGACUUGGUUGCAACUGUGGCGCUCGGCAUCAUAUCAAAAAAUACUCUUGAUGAAUCGAAACACGCUGAGGAUCCACUUCAUCAGUUGUUUUGGUUCUGGGCUCAAUUUUUACUGCUGCAUCUUGGGGGCUCUGAUUCCAUUACAGCAUAUUCUCAAGAAGAUAAUGAGCUUUGGUUAAGGCAUUUUGUGGGAAUGGUGAUUCAGACUGGAUUGGCUUUCUACAUAUUACUGGUGGCUUUUCCAGGUUCUUCUUGGCUUCCGAUUUUAAGCGUACCUAUUUUUAUAAUCGGUGUAAUUAAGUAUGGAGAGCGAAUAUGGGCACUAAGGUCAGCGCACAGUGAGAAUUUCCGGGACUCAAUGCUCACGGAGCCUGAUUCAGGGCCCAACUAUGCUAAAUUCAUGGAGGAUUUCACACUGAAGAAGGCUGAGGGAUUCUUUGUGGAGUCGGCUGAGGUUAUAGAAAUCCCAGUUCCAACUCAUGAAUUUUUUCCUGGUGAUGAUUUAAAACUAAUACCAGAUGCAUAUAAUCUGUUCCAGACAUUUAAGCGUCUCUUUGCAGAUAUUAUCCUGAGUUUUCAAGAUCGAGACAGCAGUCGGUCAUAUUUCCAGAAGUUAACACCCAAAAUUGCUUUUGAUGUAGUUGAGGUUGAACUUGGAUUCACAUUUGAUGUGCUUUACACAAAGACUUCCCAGUUGUUUAAUUCGGCAGCCAUUGUCCUUCGUCUUGUAACAUUUUUGUUGACUAGCUUUGCACUAAUGGCUUUUCUCUGUCUGUGUGACAAGAGCAAGUACCAUAAGUAUGACUUGGCAGUUACUUACUCGUUGCUGUUUGUGGCAAUUUUCCUCGAAAUAUAUUCUGUGUUUGAUCUGCUAAAUUCGGAUUGGACUGCUAAUUGGCUGAUCAGACGUGAGAAAACUCCUACAUCUCUUAUUGGCCGGUGGAAUAAAUGGUGGAAUGAAUGCCAAGCAAAUCAGCGAAGGUGGUCCAAGAAAAUGGCUCAACACAAUUUACUAGAUCUUUGUCUUAUUGACAACCAAGGAGUAUGUUUAAGAAUGCAAAAGAUUCUUCGGCGUAUCCAGAAGCUUCUUCAGAUAGAUAAUUUCCUAGAAAUGCACUGGAACAAGACUUAUGUGGAUGUCUCUCCAGCUUUAAAUGAUCUAAUAUUUGAAGAAUUGAAGCACACAGAAAUUGAUAGAUGUGAUCUUGCAGUUUCGUGGAAUGGACGGGGAAGUUUUACCCCGGAAAAGUAUGGCCAUUUCUUAAUGGAUAGAACUAAAGAGGGAGAAUUUGAUCGGAUAAUUCUUUCGUGGCACAUCGCUACUGAUAUCUGCUAUUAUUUAGAAUGGAAUUCCAUAGAAAGAAAGGAGUCAUUAGAUCUUAGCAAGCACAUAUCAGACUAUAUGUUGUAUCUUCUCGUGUCAUGUCCUUUUAUGCUGCCAAUAGGGAUUGGAAUGAUCAGGUUCCGUGAUACAUGCGCAGAAGCCAGAGAGUUUCUGGGAGAAAGGAAUCUGAAAUAUGGCAAAGCCAAUGCCUGCAAGAAGUUGCUUCAAGUGAACACAGAAGUGCUACCGGCUAAAGUGAAGGGGGACAGGAGCAAAUCUGUUUUGUUUGAUGCCUGCAUGCUUGCUAAGCUUUUGCUAGCAGAAAAGGAAGACAGAUGGAAGAAAAUAAGUAAAUUAUGGGUGGAGAUGCUGGCAUAUGCAGCUACUCAUUGUAGAGGGAAUCACCAUGCUCGCCAGCUUCGAAAGGGUGGAGAGUUUCUCACUCAUGUUUGGCUUUUGAUGGCACAUUUAGGCAUUACUGAGCAAUUCCAAAUAUCUCAAGGCCAUGCCAGAGCUAAGCUAGUUGUGAAAUAG